UAAUUUGAAGCUUCCUGGAGACCUCGAUUCCCCAAUAUCCAAACCCAUUCACCGGAAUUACAAAGAUUUCUCCGUCGCCGUCGAAAUCCCCAUUUGGGGAGGGAAGUUCUCUCGCCAGAAGCGCGAGAAUUCUACACCUUCCUCGACACGCUUUACAGGUGAAAUUUCUCAGAAAUCAGGAGUUCUUUGAUCAAGGCUAUGGACAACGUGGAUCACUAUGCUGUCUUGGGGCUACCUUCUGGCGAGGAAGGUGCAAAGCUGACAGAGAAGGAGAUCUCAAAGGCUUACAAAUUCAAGGCCCUGGAACUUCACCCGGACAAGCGGCCUGAUGACCCCAAUGCCCAUGACAACUUUCAGAAGCUCAAGUCUUCAUAUGAGAUUCUCAAGGAUGAGAAAGCUCGCAAGCUAUUUGAUGAUCUCCUUCGCAUCAAGCGUGACCAGCAUCAACGCCACACACAGCGGGAUGCAAAACGGCGGAGGAUGGUAUCUGAUCUUGAGGAGAGAGAGCAUGCUGCUGCCUUUGACCCGGACCCAGAAUUAAAAGCCAAACAGGAAGAGGAGAGGAUUGCUAGGAAAUUGAAAGAAGAAAUUGAGAGAAUCCGUGCUAUGCAUAAGGGGAAGGGACAAGGAGCAGCAACAGCAACAGCUCCGGAAAGCUCUAGUACUGGUAAUGUGGGAGGGACUGGGGUGGUGUUGGAUAAGUCUAAGGUGUUGAAGGUGUCGUGGGAGAAGGUUGGGGAGGAAUACACAGCAGAUAGGUUGAGGGAGUUGUUUUCGAAGUUUGGAAAGGUGGAAGAUGUUGUGAUCAAGAGUUCAAAGAAGAAAGGUUCCGCCCUUGUUGUGAUGAGUACGAAGGAAGCAGCUUUUUCCGCAACAGGAAAUGUUUGUGGACAUCUUUCAAAUCCACUACUUGUUUUGCCCCUUCAACCGGUCAUAGGGACAGAGUUCCCCAACGCCCAGAAGAAUGUGGAGUCCGAUCGCCUGAAUAAUCUAGUUGGUGCUGGAUUUAUGGCUUAUGAAGAAAAAAUUCUAGAGAAACUUCAGAAGGCUGCAAAAAACAAAAGUUGACUGGCAAAAAGCAAUGAGGAUUGGAUUAUCUAGUGUAUCAUAUAGUGGCUUAAAGUCUCUCCAAUUUUAUUUCCAAGGUAAUUGAGGAAUGUCAUACUUUAUUAUUGUCUUAAAUAUGUACAAGCAACUUGAACUGUAUUAGAAAGUACAUGAAAAGCAUUGGCUGGAUUGAGAGUAGUACAGGAUGCUUCUGUCAGGAGUGCGGUCCAUGUACCUAUGGCAUUUUCACUCCCCCCUAUGAACUGAUCAGAGCUUGGGUGCUUGUUAGCAUUCUGGUUUUGCAUUUGACAGGAAGACAUUGUUUGACUAAUGUACUUGGCCUUGCAAAUCACCUGCUUGCUGUUGAUUUGUAAAUUUUAUUACGUCAAACAGUAAAAGAAAAUCCUUUGGUGGUGUUGACUGUUGAUCACAGGCACAGUACAACUUUUUAUAUGGCAAAUCAUACAAAUCCUUGUAAA